GACACGCAACCAGUCAGACAUUGCAACUGACACGGGAUUCAACCUGUGAAACUGUGCUUUACUUUUGUCAAAAAAUUUUAUUAAACUAUUUCACACCCGAUAAAUCUUAUAAACUUACCGACACUUACACUUUUUUAAAAAUUUAAAAUAAACUGUGUUUUAAAAAAUCGCGUGUAAAUCGAAUUUUAUCGGUAAUACUUUAAUGGAAGUCACUAAAGAAAAAGUUAUGUUUUAUUGUGUCACGUCGAUAAAAAAAGUUAAGAAAAAACUAAAUAAGUUUGGGUGAAUAUAUAUAUAUAUAUAUAUAUAUAUAUAAAUAUAUAUAAAAAAAAUGAUUGAAAACGAAAAUAUAGUUUGGGUGGAUAGUGCACGUGAGAAGCAUUUGACAAUUGAUUCGCUGAUAUUUAAAAACAAAAAUAUCAUUACUACUGAUAACAAUGAUAAUGAGUGGUUAAAAUUAAUGAAAAGUGACAAUUAUACGAACUCAUUAACUGCAAUGCUGACAGCAAGUGUAGAAUCGAGUUUCAAUCAAACAACGAGUGAGAGACGCGAUGCUCUUUAUGUUGUCAUCCCAGUGACAAUUAUUUAUGGGAUCAUAUUUUUCACCGGUUUGGUGGGUAAUGUUUCGACUUGUGUUGUCAUUGCGAGAAACCGUUCAAUGCACACGGCAACGAAUUACUAUUUAUUUAGUCUUGCUGUGUCGGAUUUAUUACUACUUGUUUCGGGUUUACCGCCAGAGAUGUAUUAUAUAUGGUCACACUUUCCAUAUAUUUUCGGUGAAUCUUUUUGUAUGAUACAAAGUUUUGCUGCUGAAACAUCUGCUAAUGCAACUGUACUUACUAUUACGGCAUUUACGGUUGAAAGAUACGUAGCAAUUUGUCAUCCUUUCCUGUCUCACACAAUGUCCAAACUUUCACGGGCUGUCAAAUACAUUGUCGCGAUUUGGCUUCUUGCUCUGUGCUUGGCUAUACCACAGGCUAUUCAAUUUGGGGUUGUUUAUUCACAAGAGAUGAAUGGGACGAUGAUAAUGGAUACAGCAAUGUGUUCUGUCAAGUGGGUAAUCAUUGAGCACGCAUUUGAAAUAUCGACAAUUUUAUUGUUUGUCGGGCCGAUGACAAUAAUCACUGUACUCUACAUACUCAUUGCCAUUAAAUUGAGGCAUUCAAGACUACUUACUACCAUUAAGAGAAAUCCAUUUCCCGGCUGUCUCAAUCAUGGUGAUAGUGGCAGAUCACGGGGAUUGGCUCAACGUAAUGUCAUAAGGAUGCUUGUUGCAGUUGUGGUAGCGUUUUUUAUUUGCUGGGCGCCGUUUCAUGCCCAAAGAUUACUUGCUGUUUAUGCCCAAAGUACUGGUAAAGAACCCCAUGCUGUUUUAGUAACAGUCUACACAGUCUUGACAUAUAUAUCAGGAAUAUUUUAUUAUCUUUCGACGACUGUCAAUCCUCUGCUGUACAACAUAAUGUCAAAUAAAUUUCGCGAAGCGUUUAAGACGAUGUUGGCGGAGCAUUGUCGUACCAGAUCUUCCAGAUCAUCACAAAGACACAGUCCGCAGUUAUUACAAACUUACAGUAGUUUUUCACGCAAUCAAAAGUCAACAUUAAGGAGACAUGAUCCCCAUUCAUCUUCAUCGGCAAGUGAUGACACUCAACAAUUAGCACCGCUGACUAAAAAAAAUAAUAAAGAACAAGUUAUGAUGCGGCAUUAUUUAGAUAAUAUUAAUCCGUCAAAUUCGUCGUAUUCGUCGGGCCAAGUUAUUAAUUGGCAGACGAAAAAAAAAAUAAAUAAUAAUAAUAAUAAUAAUAACAAUAAUAAUAAUAAUUUUAAGUCGAGGUCACGGCCAGAAGAAAUUACUUUAGUAACGUCUCUGGCGAAAGGUUUCAACGACAGCUGUAAUAAUAAUGGAGGGAUUUCUCAUGCUAUCAAUAGAUGUUACAGCAGGGACGAAAUAGCUAUUAAACCAGUGACAAUUGAUAUUUUUAGUGAUAAUGGUCAUCAAAAUGAACGAUUCAAAAAAAAAUGUUCUGUAGAAAAUGAAAUUUUAUCGACAAAUCAUCAAGUUAAUAAGAUAAAAAGUUAUCCAUGCAUUGAAAGUGCGAAUACUAUAAGUAAUUCAAGCCUUCAAGAUCUAGAUAAAAUUGAAUUCAUGGGUACUGAACUUGCGCGAUAUAUGGGAGUAUUGAAUUUUGAUCAUGUCACUUGAUCAGAGAACAGGAAAAAAAUUGUAUGACAAAAAAAAGUGUUAUAAAUAUCUGUAACAUAUUUCAAAUAUUUAUAUCAAGGAGACUUUAAAAAAUCUAUAUGAUUGAUAUAUGUGAUAAUUGAGAUUGAUUGCGGUACAUUUUGAUAUUUUAUAGAUUUAUAUUUUAUUUUAUUGUUGUAAUUAUUCUUUUUUUUUACAUUGUGGAUUUAUGUGUGAUGUUGUAUCUCUUGAUAAGAGAUGAUAAAUAAUUAAAAAAAUAGUACUUUUGAUAAAGCGAUUUUAUAAUUUAUUUGUAAUUAUUAAUUUGAUUUUUUUUACGUGUAUUAAAUAAUUAAAAUAUGUAACAUGUAAAUUAUUGCGUAUGAGCUACCUGUGAUUUAAUUAAUGCUGUAAGAAGAUUUUAAAAAAUUAAUAGUUAGGAAUUAAUUAAUUUAUUUGACUUUUAAAUAAUUAAAUCCAAAGCUAAAACUGUACGGUAAAAUUUUUUGCCUUUCAUCUCAUCAAAUUUUUAAAACUGAAUUAUGAAAAACAAAAUUUUGUAGUUUUUCUAAAUUAAUGACAAAGUAAAAUUUAAAAACCAGUAAGUUAUUAAACUUAAAUUCUUACUAGUGUAAUUUAAAAAUAAACCGCUUGAAGAUAUGUAAAAAAAAGUCCAGUAUCGCCCGAGUCAAAAAACAAAUUCUAGUUUGGACCUCAGAAAUUUUAAUUCCUUUGAUCUUUUAUUUACUGCACGAUGAAUGAUACGAUAUUGUCACUCUAAAUCAUCAUUAAGAAUUAUGAGGUCUAAAUUCAAACUCUGCAUCGGUUUUAAAUUCUAACGAAGCUCUCAAAACCCUCACAAAAUAAAUUACCGUUUUCUGGACUUCGAGUUAAAAAAUUUUCCGCAAAUUUAUACUUAAUUAUUUAUUUUUGGGUCAAUUAUAUUGAGAUUCUCAGUCUUGAGUAUCAAUUUAAAAAAAAAAAAAGUGAGAGAACCUAUAUAUAGAUUACGUCAUUUGAGAAAUUGAGGCCUAAACCUAGAGUAAUCAAUUUUAUUAUGUCACGAGGAUUAUGAGGCCCACACUAAAUUUAUUGAAUACCAUUUUAGCCCUCAAUUAUGUAAAAUCGCCCGUAAGGACAACAUUGAGGCCUAAAAUGUAAUUACUUUCUACACAGUUCUUAAUCUCCGAAGUCUAACUUGUCCCUCAAAAACCUCACGUAGUAUUUUGAGGUCCGAACUAGAAUUUGUUUUUUGACUCGGAUCAAUCUGUAAUUUAGUAUCAGAAAAUGAUUUUAAUUAAAUCGCCUAUCGCUAAAAACAAUGCAGGUUUAAAUAAUAAUAAUAAAGUCGUAUGCAAAUUAGUAAUUAUUAUUUCAAAGACAUAUUGAUUAUAUAGUGCAUAUAAAAAAGUUUAAUGUGCAAAAUAUCUGAACACCGCUUGGCACGAUUUAGUAUUUUAUAGCUGAACUUUCGGACGUUUAUCCAAGUAAGCCUUGACGUUAGGAUGAGCACGAAUUUUGUCCACAAGUUUCUUAAGUUCUGGAUGAUCCUUGUUUAAAUCGUGACCAAGUACAUUAGACAAGUACUCAGUAUAGCCUGCAUAAAGUAAAUCCGCC